AAAUGUAUUUCAUUUCUUCUUCUUUAUCUUGACGAUGACUCUAUUAGAUAUGUCUCAUAGUGGUUCUUCUUCUCCAUCACCUCCUACUUCACCUAACUCACAACAAGCACAAAAUCGCAUCUUGAACAGAGUCUCUACUUUAUUCAGUGGCAAGAAAAGAGCAAAUGGUGCUUCAGAAGCAACACAUGCUUCAUCUUCAUCUUCUGCUGCACCCAAUGAACAACAAGAUGAUGCAUCUCAAGUAGAUUCUAUGUUUCAUGAAGACUGCACUUCUUCUUGUGUGGAUUCCAUGUAUUCUUCUAUCCAAUCCCGUCGGUCCAAUUUCCGCCCUAAUCCUAAUUUACCUCCACCUUUAAGAACAGUGCAGUUAGACAAUCCUAUUGUUCAUUUACCUGCACCUCCUACCACACCGCCACUCAAUCCACCGAUCGAAUCUUCUUUACCAUCACCACCAUCACCAGUUGUUGACCAGAAAAAGAAAUCGCAUCAAAAAGUAGAAGACAUUGAAGCCCAAUUUAAAUUACUGUUGAAAGAAUAUGCUCCUUCUGCUGAUCACGUGAACAACGUAAACAACUUGACAUUUGAGCAAAAGGAAAUGCUGUUACGUUCAUCCAGAUCACCUGCUCUGUUGAAAAAGAACUCUACUUUUUCGCAUGUGAUGCCUUCAUUUUCUUUGAAAGCGACAUUUGGUAUCAAGAACAAGUCAAAACACCGAAGUAUGGGACACGAUGCUUCUCUGUCUCAAUCUCCAUUUGUUGCUGAUGUACAGAACAGCAUGUCGUAUGGUGGUGCAAGUGCUGAUAAAUUGAUUCAGUCGGUCAAGGCAAAUACAGCACCUGGAAGGUACGGUCGCUCUCGGUCUGCUUUACCUGGAAGUGGCCAUGAAUCGUAUGGCCGAAGUACGUCUCGAAGUAAAUUGAAAUCAACACCCGAGUAUUUUGUCCAUUUGCUUCAGGAGACGCAUGUACGUGAUCUAGAAGAUUCUGAAGUGCUUGAUUUGCGUGUGUUUUUACGUAGUGUUGUUGUGAGUUGGACAAGUGAAUUCUUAGCGCAAGGUGGUUAUGAAGCCAUUGCCAACCUAUUUAAACAGAUGAAAGAAGCACCCAAGAGACAUCCAAAUGACAACCGAAUGCUUCAACAUUUGGGUAAAUGUCUCAAGACGAUCAUGACCCAUCAAUCCAUGGGCACACAAAUUGUCUUGACAAAUCCCUCUGCACUCUAUCAUAUCCGUGAUAUUCUGUUUGGACCCGUUAAUAAGAAGCAGAAACAAGUUUAUGGUCUAGAGAUCAGCACACGUAGUUUACUCUUGAAUCUUUUAUGUACAUUGGCCACAUUGCAGACAAGUCCCUCUGACAAAGUGGAGUAUGUGCAUGGCUAUGAUGUCCUUCGUCGUCUGUUGUUGGACCGUCCUGCUGACCGAGCAGAAGACCAAGACAAAAAAGGCGGUGCUUCCAAACUCACUUCUCCUUUCCCAAUCUCGCUCAAGACAGAUCCUAAAGAAAUCUUGCAAAUGAUCAUGGAUAAUGAUCCUAAUGGAAAAACCAUUGGACAAGAAUACGAAUGGGAUCCUGAUGAACUCAUGCCACGUUACACAGCUUGGAUGCGAGAAUUACAAUACACAGUAGAAAAGCAUAUUGAGACCAUUACUUUUCUGGCCCAAGUCUUGAAUUAUGAUUUCAACAGUGCUUAUCGACAAAUUAAAAUGAGACAAAAUCAGGCAGAGGAUGAAACAAAUGAAGCAGAAGCAUCUGGAGCUGUGAUGACAGAAGAAGGUGUUGUUGAUUAUAUUGUAACACAUCUUCGUCUGAUUCGUACGGUUGUCACUACUCAACCUACUUCUUAUACGGGCCAUUAUGAUGAAAGAGAACAAGAAAAGAUGAGGUUGGAAUUGAUGUUGUCUGGAUUUGACAAGAUAUCCAAGAUAUUGAUUCAAUGUCCUCAUCCAACAGUAAGAGGUUCUUAUAUCAAUUAUUUGAAGCCAUUGAUGAGUCCAUGUGCAGAUUUGUCUGUACCCUCUACUGCCUCUUCAUCCACUCCGCCCCCUCUGCCAACUCGUAGAAACCAUGAAGAUUUGACUCAUUCUUAUGUAUCAGACGAUGAUGAAGAUAACUAUGAAAUCUCAGUCUAUGCAGAUGAUGAAGACCUUAAUACUGAACAUGCAGAAAGACAAUGGCAAUAUGAAGAAGAACCUUAUUAUGAUGAUAUCUUUCAAGAUACAGAGGAAGAAUCUGAGGCCAGUGUGAUUAAUACAGGUUAUCAUUCACAUCAAAUCCUUGCUCCUGUCGACAAAUAAAUUAGUCUUGUAUACCUCUUUCCCCUACUUUAUUCCCCACCCCUCCCUUUCCCCCAUUUAUUUAAAUAAACUAUAUCUAUUGAGUACUAUGUUUUGCGUUUAAAA